AUGACUAGCGCAGUUGAAGCAAGCAUAUCGCAAAAACGCCUACGCAACGGCUGCCUGACGUGUCGCGAUCGCAAGAAGAAAUGCGAUCAGAUCUAUCCCAUCUGCGGCGCAUGUAGCCGCCUGAAUUUCAUCUGCCGCAGAGAGGAUCUAAAACAGCCGCGAAAACGCGGUCGCCCACGAAAGUCGGUCCCUCAAGACCCCUCCGCCGAACCACGUGGCCCGUCUGCUUCUUUGACUACCAAGACUCCGGACAUCUCAGCCUUUUGGCUGCAACAUGGAGGCGCCCAGAUUCCGGAAGAUUUCGCGGCUCAAAGAAGGGUGGUGCUGCGAUAUUACACCCAAACCCUCGCUGCAUUGAUCACUACAAACCUGGAAAACAACUGCUUCAUAUCGGUCUUCCUGCCACUUGCCAUGGACUCGCCAGCCUUCCUCGACACUAUCAUAGCUUGGUCAUCGACACAUCUGGCCCAGUUGGAAACUUCUUACGAAAGGCUAGCUCUGCAAUGCCGGGGAAGGGCGUUGCGAUCACUGUCAACCUUGAUCGCAUCCGCUAAGCGAGAGCCGGAGAUUGAGAUGGCCUGUUGUCUGGUACAGUGUGCCCUGGAAAGCAUAUCUGGCGACACCAGGCAAUGGUUUACACAUCUCAGCGGCGCGAAUGAAGUGAUGCGGUCUGUUUGCGACAAUGGAGAUGCAACAUGGGAUACCACUUCGUUUUCCUCCUUCGAGGGCCAAUGGCUUCUGCGCAGUUUCGCUUACCACGAUAUCAUGGCGGCUGUGGCCGCAGAUACUCGGCCUCUCCUGGUGGCAGGGCAUUAUUGGUUAUUUGGAGAGAGGGAGCCCCCAGACAGCUUAUUCGGAGUUGGGUCUCGGCUACUGUUCCUGAUCUCGGAGACAAGCGUGCUCAAUGCCGAUAUGAUGCUAUCGCACCUUCAGGAGGACUUCGUCCAGACUGCUUUUCGGGAGAGGGCGCUGAGGCUGGAAGAAGAGUUGCUGUGUUGGGAAUGCGACACCGCUGACCAGUCUGAGGGUUUAGUCGACCUUGCCGAGAUGUACCGUAAUGCCGCCUUACUUCAUCUUCAUCGAGUAGUGCGUCGUAACUUUCCAGGCAGCACUGAGUUGCAGACCAAGGCCCCCUCGCUGGCUCAUGGUAUCAUUGAAAGACUACGCAAGAUUCCCCACAAGAGCCUUGUUGAGAGCUCGUUGCUCUUUCCGCUUUUCAUCUGCGGUGGAGAGAUCAGCCACCCGGACGACAUCGAGGCGAUAAGAACGAAGAUGAAGUCAAUCGUGGUAUCCCGGCAUCUUUACAACUACGACUGCGCGCUGAGAGUUCUUGAGGAGCUUUGGCAACUUCGAUUAUCAAAUAAGGAGGUCGAUUGGCGCGAUGUUUUGGAUAGGAGGCAGUGGAAGCUUUCCAUCGUUUGA